AUGUCUAUGAUGGUGUGCCAGCUCGGGCAGAGGUGUGUGAUGGUGGUGGUGCUGCUGACCCUCCUGUCCUGGGUGUCCGUGUGGGCAGAGGAGAAGAUCAUAUUUGACAGACACGCUGUCUACUGGAACAGCUCCAACCCCAAGUUCUGGCACGGAGAGUACAGGGUGGCAGUGAACAUUAACGACUACCUGGACAUCUACUGCCCUUACUACGAGGGCCUUCCGUCCCACGGGCGCAUGGAGCGUUACAUCCUGUUCAUGGUCAACCACGAGGGCUACACUUCCUGCCAGCACAGGAUGCGUGGCUUCAAGCGCUGGGAGUGCAACCGUCCCAGCGGCCCCGACGGGCCCCUGCGCUUCUCGGAGAAGUUCCAGCUCUUCACUCCCUUCUCCCUGGGCUUUGAGUUCAGGCCUGGACACGAGUACUACUACAUCUCGUCUCCUCACCCAAACCACGUGGGGCGAGCAUGUCUAAAGCUGAAGGUGUAUGUCAGACCUCCAGAUGGGUCGGGAUAUGAUUCUCCGGAGCCCUUCCUGACUGACGGAGGUCCGUGCCGGAGGCCAGGGUCCGUGGCCCUGUUAGCUGUUCUGGCCUCUCUGCUCCUGGGAGUCUUCUCCUGGCUGUGACCCCUCUCCCUCUCCUCCUGGAGCUCCCACCCAGGGUCGCUGGGCUGGGCUGGCUGUCCCUCUAAAUCCACCACCCCUCAGGGAAGCCCUCUGUCUCCGUCCCCCCCUCCCCCCUCUCCCACCUCCACCUCUAUACGACCACCAACCACCCCCACUGCCAGCCCCCUCUAUGGCCCAGCCACGGACACCGUCCCCCGGCCUGGCUGAGAGGGUUGGGGCUCCAGCUGUGUGGGAAGCUGCGCUCCAUCCCUGAUCCCUGAAGUCUGGGUGGAACAGCGACUCUCGGCUGAAAAACACAAGGGGAAUGACUCUGCACUCAUAUCAAGGGGUCCUUUUGAUUUGUCUAUUGACUCUUGGCCACUGAUGGGGUAGAUGUAGCCGCGGCUAUGAUUAAAUUUGUCGUUCCAGCGCAAUUCCUAUCAUCCAAUCACGGCAGGAUGCAUUAAGCGAUAGGCCUGGAUGCACAAAAAUUGGAUUUUUCUCACAUUGCUAUCCCAUUGUCAAACCAAGAAUUGGAAGUGGCCAAGCUUGCAUUGUAAUUGGAAUUCUAUACUACCUGGACCAGGUCCAAGUACAGCGAGAACCAGAGCGAACGUGUAGAGAUGGAGAGGAGGAAAGUGACCUGGCCUGCAGAAAAAAGAAAGGGUAGACAAUGUGGGCACAGAUUUAAAUGACGACGGCCAUAUGGGAAAUGUAAUGGAAUAUGUGUUUAGACUCAGUUUACAGCAGUGUGAUAUAAAAAACUAUACACAUUUAAAAUGACAAGUAUAAUCAUAGCCUGUUUCAGAGGGAGGGUGGGGUGUGUGUAGUUCUGGGUGGGUUGGGUGAGGUGUAUAUUUUCAGGUGGGAUGUGUUCUGUCUUAUUCAUGUUUCUAAACAAAGCAUUUAUCACAGCCUGGCUAGCACAGGUGUAUUCAGCACUGACUAAUGUCGAUUGGGUCGGGUGACUUUUGGAACCAUGACUUUUUCAUGUAUGAAUGUACCACUGGUCACCCACCUCUUUGUCUUUCUGUAUUAUUAUGACUGUGGUCACUUACAGUACCUUUGUCUCGGACUGGCUCUGGGGUUUUUUGAGGGAUGGUGUGGGCGGGCAGGAGGAGAGUGAAGCGAAGACAAACAGGUGACAAAAGGAGGCGACACUCAAGUUGCAUGACCACUGUGAAACCUUCAGAUCUCGUUUGUAAUGAUGAUAUAUUUUUUCAUGGGGGAAAAUCAGAAACACCCUGCUACCGCUCUCGUGCUCUCCCUUUUUUCCGACAUCAAAAGAAGGAAUAAUCAACCUCUCUCCUCACACCGUUUCCUCUGUCUGGCUUUCGGUCGUUGAUGGAUUAGCUUGGGCGUGAGAUAAAUGGACCCACAGGGUGAAACUGACUGGAAAUCAGCCCUCAGAGCCCAGGCUAGAUCACAAUGGACAUAAAUACUGACUAAAGCUGGUCCUGGGUCCGAGGGUUAAACCAAUAAGGGAAGCGCAUAGACUGUGGCAAAUGAGGCGAAGUGUGUGUGUUUGUGUGGUAGCAUCACAAAAACGCGCAUGCACACACAUAUACAAGCACACGAACACAGUCUUUGAUAAUGGGACGGUUCCUCUGAGAUUUUUUUGGAGCAUUUAUGGACAUGACUAUAAAGGGAACUGCACAAAGAGAGAGGGAUCGGAGGAGAAAGUGUGUGUGUGUGUCAUGGGACUGAGACUUCUUUAAUGUUGGGAAGUGAACAUAAUGAGUAAGCACUGUGAACACACACAUACAUAAACACUUGACAACCAUUGUACAGAUACACACACAUACAGGCAUUUGUAGAAAAGCACAUGCAGAUCUAGACAUUUACAAAGACAUGGCAUGCACAUACACACACACACACAAACAAGGGGAAGCACUUCCUUCCCUGUUUCAUCUUAUUUUUGUAGCAUUUAAAAUCACUGUUAAUUACUCCUGUGUGGGAUGCAGUGAUGGGGUAUAGCCUGUGGAAGAUUACAAAAAAUGUGUUUUCUCUUCUUCUAUUCCACUGAUGCUGUCCUUCUAUCGUUCUUCUUCUCUGGUUUGUGAUCCAUGGUUGGUAGUGGUAGGAUGCCUCCAGGUCUGAGCGUCAUGUAUGAGUUUGUCUCCUUUUCUGUUUGUGAUGUUUUUGUGGGAGCUGACCUCAGUCAUUAAAGUCAGUCAGUCAAAAGUAAACACAGAAGUCAGAGCGAGGAGAGAAACACACAAAUAAAGAUUGUUUUUUUGUCUACUCGAAA